AUUUGGAGCGUUAUAAAGGCGGAGGAGCGGGCGUGCGGGAGACGCGCUCGUCUUUGCGGUGGUGACGCACACGGCAGUCAAUCAUCUGCACAAAAGGAUUCGCACAGCAGCAACAUGCCAAAGUGUCCCAAGUGCAACAAGGAGGUCUACUUUGCGGAGAAGGUGACGUCUCUGGGUAAAGACUGGCACAGAAGCUGUCUCAGAUGUCAGAAGUGCGGCAAGACUCUGUCGUCGGGAUCGCACGCUGAGCAUGGGGGCGAGCCCUACUGCAACAAGCCCUGCUACAGCGCACUCUUCGGACCCGGUGGAUACGGACACGGAGGAACAGAGAGUCACAAAUAUUAAACUUUUCCAUUUUUCUAACACACACACACACACCAUGUUCUAUUCUAUUCUAAUUGAUUGUCUUUACAAGUGGAUAUUUUGAUUAAUAAAGGCUUGCCAAUGUGUGACAA